CGCACUCGCAUAGUUGGAAAAUCAACAUGGCCGAGAGCAGCAGCAACAAUUUGUGGAAAAUCGCCGGUGCGGUUAUCUUGCCCAAUCUUGGUGGCAUUGUCAAUGGGAGAUUAACACGUCAACAUAUCCAAAAUUGGUAUGUAAAUCUAAAAUUUCCGUCGUUCAAACCACCCAAUUGGGUGUUUGCGCCCGUCUGGACCUCGCUGUACGCUGGCAUGGGCUACGGAUCGUACUUGGUCUGGCGUGAUGGUGGCGGCUUUACUGGUGAGGAUGCACGUCUUCCAUUGAUUGCAUACGGCACGCAGCUGGCGCUCAAUUGGGCAUGGACUCCCAUUUUCUUUGGCCAGCACAAUAUCAAGGGCGGGCUUAUUGACAUAGUCGCGCUCACGGCAGCGGCCAGUGCCUGUGGUGUUCUCUUCUUCAGAGUUAAUAAAACUGCUGGCUAUUUGUUUGUGCCAUACAUCGCUUGGCUCAGUUUUGCAACGGCACUCAAUUACGCCCUUUGGAAAUUGAACCCCGAGAAGAAGGAGAAGGCAAUUGAGCAGAAAGAUAAUUAAAAUUUUGCAUAGUUUUAAGCUUUGGCCUGGCUGUGUAGAUGCUUUGUUAGUUUUACCCCGUUAAAAGGUUUUAUUCAAAGAUAUAUUCUUGUUGGUCACAAAUUAAAUAAUAAAUCGAAUUAAUCGAACUUUAA